GGAGCCAUCAAUGCAGCCGGAUGCUCGGGAGGCGGGUAGUGAGUUCCUACGUAGCUCUGCCAGUCAGCAUCUCACGCAGCCGGAGGGUCCUACGCCAGAAGAUCUCAGAGCAGAGAUCAAGCAGGUCGUGCUUGCUGGGCUCAAGAGGCUGGAUGUGGGCGAGGAUAAGUGGAACUUCUCGGCCAAGGCGAUGUUCGGCACACCGUGGAGCGGCGUCUGGAUCUUGAUCGUGGUGCCCUUCUGCCGCGAAAGGACCCUUGCCAGCGGAUGA